CUCCUUGUUGCUGAACACGGAAGCAGCCGGGACAACUUGAAGAAUGGCGUUUUCUCACCAUCGCCACAUGGGACAGCAAUGAACCUCUUCAUUCGAGUCACCAGAGAAAACACAAAAACACACAACUGACCUUUUAAGAAAUGUGUCAUGUGUCUUUGACUUCAGGCAGUGAGAACCACAGCGAGCGACAGAGUGGAGGAGCAGCAGGAGGUUGGCUAUGAAGCUGUUUCCUGCUCAUCCAACACUUUGGGCCACUUUGCUGGUUUUGUGGGUGUCACAAAGCGUGACUGAGGACAACAACUUAGAUGUCUGUCAGGAGGAUAUAGACGUUGGCCUGGUCCGAGUGCAGGAUUCUACUGCGAUGGAAGAUCAUGUAGAGAAAACUGAUGUAGAAGAAAAAUUUAUCUGCCUCCUUUACCCAACAAAUAUUCUCAACUGCUCCUGGUCAUUUGACACAUCAGAGAAGGAUAUUCAGCUUUCAGUUCAUAUGAGUUUUUGUGAUGAAGACACAGCAGUUCACUCUCUAUACAAUUCGUCUGCGGAAAGAGUUGGAUCAGUGUCUUUGGAUCUCAGUGAGCAUAAGAUGCAUCAUUAUGUAAUCCUCCACCUAAACAUGUCCCAGCACAAUGAGUGGAAAACUUACACUGACAAGUACGACAUGGAGCUGCUAGAGGUUCUGUCUCCACCCCAGAACAUCUCUGCAUCGAUCAAAGAUGGAGCUCUCCACAUAACAUGGGAUGUGCCUCACAGCCGAUCAGACUUCAGUCCGAGAUGUUUUACAUAUGAGCUGGACAUGGGUGACCAGGAGGAAACAAAAAUCUUCACCGACAAGCAGUCCUAUACAGAACCAAAUGCAGAUCCCAGCAGCACCUACAAAGUGAGAAUGAGGACAGUACUGGCAGACACAUGUCAUGGAUCUCCUGAGUGGAGUGACUGGAGUCAAGCUGUCACGGUGGAACAGUCAGCAUACAAACUCAACCAUGUGGUGAUCGUCUCCAUUUCCCUCGGAUUACCCAUGAUCCUCUUGGCUAUGUUGUUGUUGGUGUGCCAUCAGAGGGUGUCUAAGGUUCUGUUUCCACCGAUUCCUCGUCCGCCGGCAAAGUACAAAUAUUUUUUGGAAAAAAGCGAUGCAUUUAAUUUCUUUCACCCUGCGCCACCAGCAAAGACUGAAGAAGAGAUCACAGAAGUGGAAGAGACAGAGCCGAACACUGAAAAAUCAUUUUAAAAGCAACACAAGAUGGACACAUUAAAAUGCUUAUGUUUAAAUCUAUGCACUGCCAGGCUUUCAUAUAUAUAUUUAUGCUAAGUGUGUGUUGAUGUGUAUUUAUGUGCAAACGGUGGUUGAAUGCUUUUAUAGUCUUGAAGUCUAGCUGUCAGAUCUAAAGAAUUGGUCCACAUUGUGUGACGUUUAUUACAUCUUGAUGCAUUUACACCAAUAUGACAGCAACAUAUGCUACUGAUUAUUCAUCAACAUAAUAAGAAGGAUUUGCCUUCAGCAUGCUCUGCUUGAUUACCUCACUCAAAUGCAUUCAUUUUCUUUAACUUAAGUAAUCAGACUAGAAUCUAUCAGUUCGCUGGUGAAAUUUGAGCUGAAGCUUCUAUAAAAUGGGUGUCAUGUUUAUUUGUGAAACAAAGUUAGGUGAGCUAUUGUCUUCUGGGCUCUGUUUAUUGUAACCCUGAGAGCAGUUUACUUAAGCAGCCUUGAUAAAACCUAAAGAAUCAGAGGUCACUCAGCCUAGAAAAAGACAUUAAAAAAUUGAGGAAAUAUUAAAUUUUUGCAAAAAAUUGGAUGGAAAAGUUGAUACAACUCUCUUGUGUGUCCAUUAAAUGUGAAGCCACAGCCAACAUGCAUGUAGUUCAGCUUAGCACACAAUUUUAAGACAGUCUAAGACCAUUUAUAUGCUACCUGUAUCCACGAGAAGUGAUAAUUUGAGAUGUGAGACGAUAUAAAUUUCAUCAUCUGCCCUAGUCCUUAAGAGUCUGUGGACAUUAUGGGCCGCACAAAAUUUGUGUUUUCUACAAGGGCAGUCGUGUCCAUGUUGCAGCAAAUACGCAGAUGACAAUCUACUGUGCAUGUAUGGAACGCAUCCUCCAAGCAGAGCACAAAACAGCAUAAUUUUAAACAACUAUUUGCAUGUUUUCACAACGGAGUAUAAUCCUGGCUUCAGGGCCUGGUUAGCCUUCUUUGCAGACACACAAUGACAGCUGUGGGCAACAUGGACAUGUAGCUGUCCUGCUUUCUAGUCUGCUGAGAGGACGUCAUCCAAGAAAGUAGUUUGUGGUCUAUGCAUUUCACAGUUUUCACAGUUGAUGCCCUUGUAGCAGGACGUCCACACAGAGCUUCACCUACACCGUCUGAUGGCCAGAGCCGUUACUGCCUGUUUUUGCUAUAUGGGUUUUGGGCAGAUCGAAAAAACAAGAUAUAAUACAUGGAUCUGUAAGCUUUAGAGGUGCUGGUAUCUUUGGUACCAAGCCAGGUAGGCUUCCUUUUGCUCUUGUUUCAGGUCUUCAUUCUAAGCUAAGCUAACUAACUGCAUUUAAUUCAUGAAUUUUGUAUCUAUCUUCUCAUCUGCUUGUGCACAAAAAAGAAAAUAAACACAUUUCCCAAACCGA